GGGUUCCUUUUAGUGUAACGUCUCAUAUACGCGCAUGCGCGAUGAAAGUAUAAGGUUAAAGGUUGAGAACGAGAAGCAUGGAAGCAAGUUACCACGUUCUUGUAACUUGAACAGAAUAGUCUUAUUUCGCAUAACGGUUAAUAAUUUUCAUGUCAUAGUUACGUGUUUAAUUCAUAAAAUCCACCCAAUGCAAUGGGGAAAGCGAAGACCAAGAACCAGAAGAAGGCGCGUGUAAACGCGGCACACGUGGCUCAGGAGGACUAUGGCACCGUCCCCCACUCCUUUGUAUUCCACCGAGGCCAGGUCGGCAAGAACGUCGCGCAGCUUGUGCAAGACAUGCGCCGCGUGAUGGAGCCCUUCACCGCGGAGUCACUCAAGGUGCAGAAGAAGAAUGUGCUGAAGGAUUUUGUGGCUGUGGCGGGCCCCCUGGGUGUCACACACUUCCUCGUCUUCACCAAGACCCCCAGCAGCAUCAACAUGCGAUUGGCCCGGCUUCCCAAAGGCCCCAUGCUGCACUUCAGAGUGUUGAAAUACUCCCUGGUGAAGGAUGUAGUGUCCUCCUUGAAGAAGCACAGGAUGCACCAGCACCAGUUCUCGCACCAUCCGCUGCUUGUGCUCAAUAACUUUGGUGUGGAGGGUCUGCAAGUCAAGCUGAUGGCCACCAUGUUCCAGAACAUGUUCCCCUCCAUCAAUGUGCACAAGGUGAACCUCAACACCAUCAGAAGAUGUGUCCUGAUCAACUACGACCCCCUGUCUCAAGAAAUUGACUUCCGUCAUUACAGUGUGAAGGUGGUGCCCGUGGGCAUGAGUCGAGGGGUGAAGAAGCUGAUGCAGGAGCGCUUCCCCAACAUGAGCAAGCUGGAGGACAUCAGCGAGCUGCUUCUCAAAGGUGCCAACCUAUCAGAGAGCGAGGCGGAGCAAGACGGCGAACACAACAUCACAGAGCUGCCCCAGGUCUACUCCGGGCGUGGCAACAUGAGGUCACAGCAGAGUGCCGUGCGGCUGACCGAGAUUGGGCCGAGGAUGACUCUGCAGUUGGUGAAGAUCGAGGAAGGCAUGGGGGAGGGCAGCGUCCUGUACCACGCAGUCAUCUCGAAGACCGAGGAGGAGCUGCAGGAGAUCCUGAAGCGGAAGGAGGCGGAGCUGAAACGGAAGGAGGAGCGCAGGAAAAAGCAGCAGCAGGACGUCGCUCAGAAGAAGGAGAAACGGGAGGAGAACCGUAAGAAGAGUCUGGAGGGCAUUAAGAAGAAGCUAGACGGGCAAGCGGGCGGGUCAGACGAGAGUGAGGUGGAGGACCCUGGGAUGCAGGAGGACCGGCCUGCGAUUGAGUCCGAGGAUGAGGCGGAAUAUUACAGACAGGCUGUGGGGGAGGAGCCAGAUGAAGACAUGUUCUCCGCAUCCACGAGGAAGAGGGGGGCAAGCAGGCCCCCCCGGCCCUACAAGAAGAGGAAGCUGUCCUCCGAGAAGGGCCCAGCCCAGGACGGUGCCUCCAAACCUUGGAAGGACGGCAAGCGUGGCCCCAGGCCCGGAGGCCUGGCUGAGGGCCGAGGAGGCGACCGGCUGCCCCACAGGAAAGGGGGCAAGAAGAUUUCGGGGAAGAUGGCGAGGGAGGGGGGCCCAAAGUGGAAGGGGCAGAAGGGCAAACCCCAGGCAGGCGCCAGGAGGAAGGGGCCAGGGAAACCCUGGGCAGGAGCGGGCAGGAAGGGGCCAGGGAAACCACAGGCAGGAGCGGGCAGGAAGGGGCCAGGGAAACCACAGGCAGGAGCGGGCAGGAAGGGGCCAGGGAAACCCCGGGCAGGAGCGGGCAGGAAGGGGCCAGGGAAAAGGCGGCCGUAAGCGGCCAGGACUCAAACUGAACUGAGGGGUCUGUGAAACGCCAGUGGAACAACCGCAGAGCCGCGGGGUCACGACAGCAGCGUGUGCUUUUCUGUAAAAAGAAAAAAAAAAAGUGUAUUUUUCUGUAGAACUUGUAAAUAUCAAUGCUUUUUAAAAUAAAUGCACCUUGUACUCUG